GCAUAAAAAUCAGAGGACAAAUGGUUGCAGGUGUGGAGUCCUCACUGGUUUUCAAGUUAACUAACGUCAGGUUUUCUGCAAAAAUGAUCAACCAGAUCAGUUUUAGCAUUGCAGUGGUGUUUCUAGGAUAUGUGGGAGCCUCCACAAUUAAAGGUGUUCCAGGUUGCUGGACUAACUGGUUUAAUCAAGACACCCCUAAAGGAACUGGUGACUUUGAGACUUUUGGUCAACUAAUGAGAAGGUACCCAGCAGAAAUCUGUAUCCACCCUCUCAGUAUUGAGGCUGUCACUACUACAGGGAUCCCAGCUGAGAAAACUGGGCAAAAACUGUCUGUAUACUCUGUGAAAGACGGCUUGAUUUGCCUCAAUCAGAACCAGAAAUCUGGCACCUGCUUUGACUACAAAGUUCGCUUCGAGUGCAUAUGUCCUCUACACUGUCUCGACACCUGCUAAUGACCUGAUUUAAAAUCUGCCUUAUUUCAAACUCGUCUUAAUCAUUAAUGGUAUUACAAUCAGAAA